AUGCUCUGGGGCAGUGGCAGUUUUAGCAGGUCGGCCGUCCAGGCCAUGCGAUCUGCAGCCCGGCAGCCUCCUGGGCCCAUGCAGACCUCAGAGCUGGCGGAACUGCGAGAAUGGGUGGUGUGGGAGCAGCCCACCAAGGUGCAUUUGCCUUGGUUGGGGCUGGCGUGCCAGCAGAGGGCGUACUUUCCCUCGACCGCUUUCCUGAUCCGAGACAAGGCUUGGAUGUUCCAGUACGCGACCCAGAGCCCGCAGUUCAUGUCCGUGAGUCCUUUGACCAGCGUGGCAGCGUACGCUCCUACUGGGGACCCAUCCGACGAACGCUGGGGCGGCGCUCAUUUAGAGUGCCCCCGUUAUCGGUACAGCUUCACGUUGGAGCACGACGAAAACGCAGAUGACGUCCUGUGUUGCGACAUCAAGGAAGUGCGUGUUCUGGAGGGUUUGAAGUACGUGGGCAGUUUCUUCGAGACCUUCCUCGAACCUGUGCCUCUCGAGGAAUUCUUGGACUCCCUCCCACCACCUGUGAGAAACGUAGCUGGUGGUGAUUCAAGCUCGGCUCACCAGCAGCACAGGGAAAUCCUAGUUCGCGAGCGCCCUUGGCUUGCCAAAGUGUGGGCGAAGAUGGAUGGCCCCGCAGCUCCCCGUGCUGACCCGCCAGCCGGCGACGACAUCGCCGACGGUGAAGAGGACGCCUUCAGCGAUGGCGAUAUGGAUGAUGCAGAGGUGCAUCAUCUCUAUGACGAAUUGGAGCGGCGACGCCAGGAGUUGGUGGCCGCGGGCGGCGACCUCCCUCCAGGCGACGACUUCAAAGUCGGUUUGCUUGGAGGUGCCUGGACCGUGGCGAACAAGGGAGUAGUUGCUGACGCCGUGCAGGGACGCGCGGCCAAUGCGCCCGCUGUCCAGUUCUGCGCUCGCCACGGAGUCUCGAAGACGUCGAGGUACGAGAUCUCGACCGGCGGACACUGA